AUGUCAUAUGCAAAUCACUCUCAGACAAACAUCAAUAUUGGACUGCAGUAUCAUGGGCUCAUGGGAAUAGUAUUGUUUUCCAUUCUGACUACAGUACCAUGCUGUGUCUUUCUCUUCAUUAAUGGCACCCUGUUGUUCACCUUGCGGAGUAAAUCUGUGUUUCAUGUGACUCCCCGUUACAUUCUUCUGUAUAACCUCCUUUUUGCAGACACAGUGUUAAUGGCUCAGAGCCAGUUACUCUACCUACUGGCUGCUUGUAGAGUAAAACUCAUGUAUCCUGUGUGUGGUGUUCUCACCAUGUUAGCCAGUCUCACAACUGUGAUUUCUCCUCUCACACUGAUGGUGAUGUCUCUGGAAAGAUAUGUAGCUGUGUGCUACCCACUGAGGCAUGCUACCAUCAUCACCAUCAGAAACACAGGGGUGGCCAUCAUUGUGGUUUGGGCCUUCAGUUCUCUAAAUGUCCUCACUCGAGUUAUAUUACUUUUAGAUUUUCCAUUUGAAGAGCUGGAGAGCCUGCAGAUGGACGACUUUUGCUCUGACAUAGCUAUGUUGCUUGACCCAGUGUCUGAUCAUUAUGAGAAAGCCUACACUUAUUUUCUGUUUGUUUUAGCUGGUAUGACAGUCACUUGCUCCUAUAUUGGUGUGAUGGUAGCAGCCAGGUCAGCCUCUACAGACAAAGCUUCAGCCAAAAAGGCUCGUAAUACACUGCUGCUGCAUCUGGUGCAGCUGGGCCUGAGUCUCCUCUCAACUAUGCACAACUCAUUGCUCAUAGCUAUCUCAAAAACUGUAACAAGGAUAGUAAUUGUGCGUGUUCAAAUUGUUGUUUAUGUGUGUGUUAUCCUCUUCCCCAGAUGUCUGAGUGCUUUAAUCUAUGGCCUCAGAGAUCAGACCAUCAGACCCGUCCUCAUGUACCAACUGUGCUGUAGACUAAAACUCUCAGUCCUUCCAGCCAAGGCUGAAGUCAGCAUUCGUCUCUCUCAAUAG